ACCCCGGGCCGGGGACACAUCGCACAGAGGAGGAACGCAGCCCGCAAGGGCACCGCAGCCCCUUACCCACUGCCGAGGAGCCCCGUGCCCUGCACUGGGCUGAACACGGGCUUAGACGCGGCUCCCAGAUGUUGGGCGGGGGCAGAUGUUGCUGCAGCUGCCGAGGGGGUGGGAUCACCAUCUGUCCCUGACCCUUGGGCGCGGAGACUCGGGACAAGACACCGACCAGCCCCACGCCACGCUGCUGGGGCUCCCUGGCCCCUUGCAGGGACGGGCAGGCAGGCGAUGCUCAAGCCCUGUGCCCCUGCUGGGCAGGGGACCCCCAAAACCGCGGUGCCAGACGGGCGCCCGGCCCGGGCGGGUGUCCUUCCACCGUGGGGCCGCAGGGGACAGGGCCCCCGGCACGGCACAGCCGGUUCACGGCUCAGCGCGUCCUCCGACGCCUCAUUUCACCAGCGCCUGACAAACAACAGCCUGUGGGAGCGUGUGCCCGCCGCGCCGCCGGCACCGUGCCAGCCGGGCGGCAGCCACAGCCCGGGGACCCCAGGCGCUGAGGUGACCAUGGGGGGACACGGGGUCCGUGGGGCUGGUUCUGGAGGUCGCCAGGGGACGGGGUGGCAGCUCCCGGUCUGCGGUGAGGUGAGGGAGCAGCUGUGCCGGCCCGGAGAUUGCGGCUGAGGGCUGGCUCACCAUAGCGACCUGUGCCAGGCAGCAGGGCCAGGGCAUCGCCCCGCGGGCUGGGGGGCACUGGAGAGACGGAGCCGGACCCAGGGACCGGCAGGGGACAGCAGGCACCUCCCGGUGCUGCUGGGGAAACUGAGGCACGGGCACGGCGUCCUGGCAGUGGGCACUUCGGAGCAGCCGGGGCAGAGCCCAGCGGGGACACGCAGGCAGCGCACACGGAUUCACGCCCGUGUGCACAGCCGCACGCCACACCCUGUGCACACCCGCUCCUCCGCGUCCCCAGAGGUGGCCGCCGGCCCAGCUGCCCACUCGCCCCCGGGCCACCACCCCUGCUGCUCUGGGGCGGGGACGAGCUCUGUCACUGUCACCCGGAGCUGCCCGGGUGACCCCUUCCUUGGCCGGCCUCCGCGGGAGCCAAGGGCCGGUGACGUGCCCGUGCCCAGCCCGCGGCUCUGCCCACGGCGCUCUCCCUCCGCCCCGCGUCCCGCACCCCGGGAGGCUGUGCCAUGCUGCGGGUGCCCGCGGCGACAGGGACACUGCCGGGGACACGGAGCCCGCAGAGGACACGGACACGAGCGGCGCGCGGACGCUGACGGGGACACACGGACGGCGCCGGCCCGUGGUGGAAGAUGACGGUCCCAGUGCCCAACAGCACGGCGGUGGCGUGGGCAGAGCUGGAGCGGUCACCCUGCCUGGUCGGCAUCGUGCCCAUCGUGUACUACAGCGUCCUGCUGGGGCUGGGGCUGCCAGUGAACAUCCUGACUGCCGUGGCCCUGUCCCGCCUGGCCACCAGGACCAAGAAGUCAUCGUACUGGUACCUGCUGGCCCUGACCACCUCCGACAUCCUCACCCAGGUCUUCAUCAUCUUCGUGGGCUUCAUCCUGCAGACGGCCAUCCUGGCACGGGCGGUGCCCAGCGCCUUCGUCCACACCGUCAACGUGCUGGAGUUCACGGCCAACCACGCGUCCACCUGGGUCACCGUGCUGCUGACCGUGGACCGCUACGUGGCCCUGUGCCACCCGCUGCGCUACCGCGCCGUGUCCUACCCGCGGCGCACCCGCAAGAUCAUCGCGGCCGUCUUCGCCGCGGCGCUGGCCACCGGCAUCCCCUUCUACUGGUGGCUGGACAUGUGGCGCGACGCCGACCCCCCCACGGCGCUGGACACGGCGCUCAAGUGGCUGCACUGCGUCACCAUCUACUUCCUGCCCUGCAGCGUCUUCCUGGCCACCAACUCCGUCAUCAUCCGCAAGCUGAAGCGGCGGAGGCGCGCGGGGGGCGGCAAGACCACGGCCCUGCUGCUGGCCGUCACCACCGUCUUCGUCGUGCUCUGGGCUCCCCGGACCGUCGUCACCAUGUGCCACCUGUACGUGGCCUCGGUCAGGAGGGACUGGCGCGUGCACCUGGCCUUGGACAUCGCCAACAUGGUGGCCAUGCUCAACACCUCCCUCAACUUCUUCCUCUACUGCUUCGUCAGCCAGACCUUCCGCCGCACGGUGGGCGAGGUGCUGCGGGGUCAGCCCCGGCCGGCCCCCCGCCGUGGCAGCGGUCACUUCCCACCCCCGGCCCUGAAACCGCUGGAGCUGCUGGGCAGCACGGCGCUCUGAGCCAGGGCAGCGCCGGUGCCCGCCCGGCCCCACGCACUGCACCGCGACCAGCGGGGACCCCCGCCCUCCGCGGAGCCAGGGUUACUGCUGGUGGGGGCGGCAGGAGGAGGGGGUUGUGCCCAGACGCUCGUUUGGGGGUAGCGGGGGGCCUGCCUGGCAGCAGCACCCCAGAAUGGGCAGCUCAGCCCUGCCCGCGCUCAGCCCUUGGCAGAACGUUGGAAUUCAUCCAGGAAACGCAACUCAUGCAGGGAGCUCCUCCAGGGCACGCCCCAGCCCAGGAGCACCGAGGGUCCCGGGGAGCCCAGGGGCUGCCCGUGGGGAGGGGUGGAGGGCACGAGUGAGCUCCUGCGAGCCCUGACAAGGACGUGGUGCCCGCUGGGUGCCCCUCCAUAAACUGCCGUGCUGAGACCAAAACCCUGCGGGCAGCUGGAACGGAGGCACCCUGCUGCAGCCUCUCUGGCACGGGGUCCCUCUGCCUGCCCACCCCCGUGCCCCUGCCCCGCUGCCCGGGAGGGCUGGGGGAGCACCCACAGGGUCUGCUGUGCCCUGUGGUGGGGUCUGGACACAUGGUAAGAGCACAGCUCCCGCCCCCCACCCAUUAAUCCCCCUGGCAGCAGCCAGGCUGCAGCCCCCGGGCAACGCCCCCCCGCAUAGGGGGCACCCCGUGCUGCCCUCCCAGUUACACCAGUGCCAAACUGGUGAGACGCUGGAGGAGAGCCGUGCCGUGCCAGCCUGUCCCCAGCUGCCGGCAGAGGGCAGGGAUGGGACACUGCGGAGCUGGCGCUGACGGGGCAGGCAGCUGGCACCCCCGGCUCCCCAAAGCAGCCCUGCCGCCACCCUAAUUCCCCGUAAGGUCCUUAACGUAAUCCCCCCAAACCGCCCAGCCUUUCCGCUCGGGUUCCCGACACGGGGCAGGACAGACCCAGGGGGUGCCCGGGGGGGACCAGGACCUCAGCUGGCUCCUGGCAGGGCACAGCGACACCCCCAAACCCCACCAGACCCCCUGCCCGCCCCCGAGCCCUGCUGUGCCCGCACUGGGGCGGGAUGGGGCGCAGCCUUUGCCCCCAGGGUGUGGGGCUCACCCCCCCCCACGGACCC